GUUUCAAGUCUUUGUCCUCGUUUCUUUCUGCUUGCAUCAAGUAUUGACAGAAAUGAGACUUCUGUUGCUGAAAUGCCUGGCUCAAUAAAAGAUACAUGAGCAUAUGGCAGAUAAUCUUUGAAAUGGAGGCACAGAAGCAGCCUGGUUUUACAGUUGCACUAGCAGAUCCACCAAUUCCAACCUCUUCGCUUCAGCCUGCACAGGAUUCUUCAGAUCUCAGCCAAGGCAGUGUGAUUCCUCAACAGGAGCAAGCACUGUCUCAACCUGUGUAUCUAAAAGCCCUUACCAUACCACUGUACCAGCCUGUCCAGGCAGGAUGCUUUCAGCCAAACAGUCAGUUAGUGACCGGCAGGACCUGUGUAAAUCUGGACAGCAGCAACAUAACUCUAAUCCUGAAUCCACUUGUUCCUUCAGAAGGCACAGAUCAGCCUCAGUCAGUUUUUCAGAAACAACUUGGGCAAACUCUAACAUUGAACAUAGUGAGCACUUUACCAGUUCUAUCAUCACCAAAUUCUUGUGUAAAUGCAUCUAUUGGAAGCCCAGGAAAAUCAAAAAAAGCUGGGAAAUAUAUCUGCAAACACUGUGGACGAGAUUGUUUGAAGCCAAGUGUCCUUGAGAAACAUAUUCGCUCUCACACCGGAGAGAGGCCCUUUCCAUGCACCACUUGCGGUAUUGCAUUUAAAACUCAAAGCAAUUUGUACAAACACAGAAGAACUCAGACACAUGUCAACAAUACCAGACUGCCCUCCGACUCUGACAACAGCGGCACAUUGGAGCAAAAUGAGAAAUCAACAGAGAGCAUCACAUCACAUCAAGGCAGCAAAGUACUCGGUAGCACGUGUGAAGACCAGGGGAUACAGAUGAAACAAAUGAGUUCAGAGACCCAUGCUGUAACAGACACUAAGAAACUUCUUAAUGACCUUUCACUGCCGGCAACAAGCAAUUCAUCAUUUGCUUCAGAAAAUCAAGAAACAACGCAUCAGUCCUUUAGUUCAAAGGCUAAUCAGGGGGUUCCUGAAAGAGAACCUCAAAGUUUAUCAUCUCCAGGAGCUUUGCCAAAUGGUCAGUGCCAGAGAAAGAAGAUACAGGAGCAAAGAACUCCAGGUGCCAAUAAGCAUAUUCAGUUGCAAAGGCAGCAAGCAACCUCUUCAGAAAAACAGUGGGAUUACAAGCCAUCUGACUGCAAGCUAAAGAAGUGUGAGAGCACUGACUCAGGGUAUCUGUCACGCUCUGAUAGUACAGAACAACAGAUGGCACCAUCCAGCCCAUUGCACAGUCUCUAUGAACACAGCACAGAACUGGAAAAUGAAACUGCCUUCAGCAGCCUAAGGUGUACCUCCGGAAGCAGUGCAAAGCUAGACGCAGCUGAGAAAGCUACAGCCUCGAUGCUAGAGAAAAAGAGGCUGGAAGAACACAUUUCAAAACUCAUUUCUCAUAACAAAAGUGUGGUGGAUGAUACCCAGUUAGACAACGUUAGGCCCAGAAAAACUGUCCUUUCUAAACAGGGAAGCAUCGAUCUGCCAAUGCCUUAUACAUACAAAGACUCUUUCCAUUUUGACAUCAGAACUUGUGAUGUAAAUAGGAAAAAGAAUCUUUCCCUUUGUUCAGCAAAAUCUACCUUUGCACCCUCAGAAAAAUGCAAGCCAGUGUUUUUUCAUUCAGUCCCCACCCAGUUCUCCACAACGAUAGAUACGGUGCCUGUUACGCGAAGCAACUCUUUGCCCUUUGUGGAGGACACAAGAACAGUACAUGACAAAGCAGGUUGCUCAAAACCACUUUCUCUUACUAAGCACAUAAAUACGGGCGCUGCUAGUUUGCUGCCUAGCAACAAUCUUGCCGCAAAUUCAGUGGAUUUUCCUAACAGCCAUCCCCGAGCUCUAGUCAGACAAACAGCAGUGGAUGAUUUGCCACUAAGUAAUGUCGCUGAUCAUCCUCCUCUGUCAGAGGAGUUGCAAGGGAGUAAAAAGCUUGGAGCUGGAGAAGCAAUCAGUGCUAAAAAUAAGAAACACAAUCAAAGGAAGUUAAAGAUGUUCUCUCAAGAAAAAUGGCAAAUGUAUGGAGAUGAAACAUUUAAGAAAAUCUACCAAAAAAUGAAAAGCAGUCAAAAUGCCAAGAAAAUUAAACAAAGGGGGAAUAAGAUUACAGAUAUUAAAAGCUUCACUUCUCAUUCAAAGGAAUCAGUCAGCAGUACUGAAAUUACUGAGGAAAGAGAUGGCAGCAGCUCUGUAACUGACAGUCUUUCCUCCCUUGUGACAACAGGCUUAAACAUUGGUAAAUCAGAAACCCGUACUAACGGUAAUCAUAUUCUACAGAAUGUGUCCUCUGAGGAAACUGCAGACAGUGUAACCUGUGUAAUGGAGACAUCUCAUUCGGUAAAUGCUAGCGCACAUACUGUAAUGAGCAAAACUUCCCAGGACCUCAGUGGCAGUGACACAGAUAAAUACACAGGUGGCAACAGCACAUUACUAGCUCCAAGCAGUUGUGAGCUCAGGCUUCAAAAUACUCAGUGUCAGCUGAAUGCUAACAGAAGGAACGAUGACCGCUUGCCAGUGCAGGGUAGCAAAUGGGAAGAACCAAGCCCUGGGAAAGAAUCCAGUACAUUUGAAUCAGAUUGUAAAAACGCUUCACACAAUUAUGGAAACCAUAGCAGGAAUAAGGAAACUGGCCAGCAUGCCCUGACGCCCCUGUGGAUCCAUUGCAACAACAACAGAGAAGCUGCAGCGAAAUCCCAGAAUUUACCAUCAGAAAGAAAAAAGCUGAAGUUUGAAGUGGAGAAGACACAAAACAUUCUUUCAAAGUCCUGCCCUAGUCCCAGUAGUGAAAAUAAUGCAGUAAAUGAAGCAGAGAGAGCCUAUUGUGCUAGCGCUCGGUGUCUUUCCACAGCACCAGUGAAAAUCUCCAGUAAAGCAGAGGAGCAAAAAGUAAGCACAGGAAUUAAUGAAUCCACUGGAGGUACUGAGAAUGUGGAGUAUAUGAAAACAAUGAAAAUCUCCACAAAAGCUCUUAAUUAUAGUGAUGUUAACCUUCUCUCACUUUCAGCAGGUAUCUCAAAAGCUUCAUUUGUGGAAUCUUUAGGGCCUGAAUUAAGGGGAAGUGAUUGCAAUUCUUUCGCCUUGCACAAUGCAACAGAUAAAGACGUCAAAACAUGUCUUGUGAAAACAGGAGCAAAAGCACCACUCUUCAGUGACAAUGCUGUUGACAUGUCUUCUAAAAUUCAUCAUCUGCAAUCCGGUCAUUUAACUCCAGUCGCACAACAAAAUGCCUUUUCUCCAAAAUAUAUCCUUAAAUUGCCGCAAGACAAGAAAGCCUCAGAUUUGUCGCUUUUGCUUAGAUCAGAACAGAUUACACCUUGCACAUCUGCGGCAGACACCUUAACCACCCCCCCCUGCUCUUCCAACAGCGGAUCACUCAGUUUUCAUUCUAAUGAUCUGGUUUGGUCCCCUUUAAAGUUUGAAGUGAGACAAAAGGCCAGCAAAGGAGAGCUACGAUGGAAUGUACAUGCAAACUGGAAAACUCCAGUAUUUUGUUCACCAGUCAGUUCAGAAACAACAAAUAUCUUAACCACAGCAGAUAACACCUUUUAUAACCAAAACUUCAGGCACCAGGAUAUUGUAAGAGAUGCUUGGAAAAACAAACAGAAUAAAAAUAAAUUAAAUUAUCAAAGGCAAACAGAAGAGAAGUGGGUGAGCAUAACUACUUCCUCUACACAGACCCCAAAGAAGAAAAUAUGCUUUACUUCUCUGUAUACCAGUGGUUUCUUCAUAUCAGCUGACAUCAAAGAAGAGAGGAAGGUUUUACACCAUCUUUGCUCAGGAAGUGACUCUUUGCUAAUGACGUCAGCUUCUAGCCAGGGUGCAGAGCCAGCAAUCACGGGGCGGGACAGAGGUGGAAGUCCAUGCAUUCUUAAGGACAUUUCACCAACAUUGCAGGCUAUGCAGCAUUCUCAGAGCUCAACAAACAACCCCACUUACUUUUGCCAUUCUUUUGGCACUUUUUGUUGCCACACUCUCACCACUCACUGUAAAGAACUCCCAGCGCUACCCCACAAUAAUCUGACUUGCUACUCUGGAAGUUUAACAGCAUCAAGCACGAAGAGCACCUUCCCAUCACUAAAUGCUGAACCUCGAUUAACUUGGUGUUGUUUAACAAGAAGCCUUCCUCUGCCUGCUGAGCAGAAGGGGAGUGCAGACUCUGCUUAUUCCUCCAUGCACACCUGUGACAAUGAAUCUAGCAAUGAACGCACACUGUCAAAAUACGAUAUUUCUAUUUUCAAAAUGAAAAAUAUUAGCAAGACUGUGGCAUAUGGCUUAACAAACAGGAGUUUAAAAACAUUGGUUUCAUCCUUUUCUAAAGGACCACAGAUGCAGGAGUUAAGCUCAGCAACUCCUGGUGGUGCUUUCAAAAAUAUUUCAGAGCAAAAGAAGAAAACAGUAGUUUGCAAAAAGGAAAAACUCUCAGCAAAUAAACUCAAGAGGAACCACAAACAGAAAAGGAUUAAAGUCACCCCAAAAUG